CAUGUCUUGGCUGGGACCCUGACUCAAGGGGGAUCCAAUAUCACGGAACCCGACUGUGUCCGACCCGACCCAGCCCAGUCCAUUUACUUGGAGCCGUGUUGUGUCUUUAGCUUUUCGUGUUCUUGAUUCUAUAUGUGCUUGUUUUCACCAAGUUGCCAAAAAUUGGAAUCCUUUUGGCUUUAUUCUGUUAAAGCAAAUCAGUUGUAGGAAAUGGGUAUGAUCUAGAUGAAAAGAUUACUUGUUUUGUAUUAUUGGGUGUUGAUGUACAACAAGUUUUGUUUUUAUGUACUAGAAAUAGUUAUGAAUGAGGCCAUUGCAUUCACUCAUUGAAAGCUCAGUGGCCUCUUUGAACAAAGUUUCAGUAACCCAUUGUGGGGCAAUCAAACUAGGAACUUUUAGUGAUACAUACACUGCAAACAAUAUUUUAAGUGGGUACUCAAAAUGCAGAGAGUUGGGUUUUGCUCUCAAGCUGUUCGACGAAAUUCCCGACAGAGAUACUGUUUCAUGGAACUCGAUGAUCGCUGGGUAUGUAAAUUAUGGGAAUUUAGGUAGUGCUUGGGAGUUUCUGAGAAGGAUGAGAAGGUGUGGGUUUAUGGUUGAUGGACAUACUUUUGGAAGCAUACUUAAAGGCAUUGCUUGCGAGGGCAGCGUUGAUCUUGGGCUGCAAGCUCAUUUACUCAUUGUUAAGACAGGCUAUGUGGGGAAUGUUUACUCGGCGAGUGCUCUUUUGGACAUGUAUGCCAAGUGUGACAGGGUUGAGGAUGCUUAUAAGGUGUUCAAGGGCAUGCCGGAACGUAACUAUGUCUCGUGGAAUGCCCUUAUUGCAGGGUAUGCACAAGUGGGUGAUUAUGAGACUUCGUUUUUAUUGCUAGACUAUAUGGAGCGAGAAGGUGUGAGGAUUAAUGAUGGUACCUUCGCUCCCCUUUUGACAUUGCUUGAUGAUCCUGAGUUUUACAAAUUAAAUAUGCAGAUCCAUUCGAAAAUCAUAAAGCAUGGGUUCACAUCUGAUAACACCGUAUGCAAUGCUAUAAUUACUUCAUAUUCAGACUGUGGAUCCAUUGAAGAUGCCAAGCAAGUGUUUGAGAGUGCUACCAACACCCAAGAUUUGGUCACAUGGAAUUCCAUGCUAGCAUCUUACCUAGCACAUAACAAAGGAGCCCUUGCGUUUAAACUCUUCAUAGAGAUGCAAGGGCUUGGAUUUGAACCAGACAUCUACACAUACACUAGUAUGAUAAGUGCUUGUUUUGAAGAUGCACAUCAAAACCAAGGAAAAUCUCUGCAUGCACUGGUUAUCAAGAAGGGGUUAGAACAAUCAAUACCAAUCUCUAAUUCAUUGAUAGCCAUGUAUCUCAAGUCAAAUAGAAAAUAUGUGGAAGAUGCGAUAGAAAUAUUUGAAUCCAUGGGUGUAAAGGACAAUGUUUCUUGGAAUUCAAUUUUGACAGGGUUUUCACAGUAUGGGUUGAGUGAAGAUACGUUGAAGUUCUUUCAAAAAUUGCAAUUGGGUCCGCUAGGACUCGAUCACUAUGCCUUUUCUUCUGUCCUUAGAUCUUGCUCAGAUUUGGCAACUCUCCAAUUGGGUCAACAAGUUCAUGCCUUGGCACUAAAAUCAGGCUUUGAUUUGAAUGAUUUUGUAGCUAGCUCUUUGAUAUUUAUGUAUUCCAAGUGUGGGAUCAUUGAGGAUGCUCGAAAAUCCUUUGAAGCGACCCCUAAAGACAACUCAAUCAUUUGGAACUCACUCAUCUUUGGGUACGCACAACAUGGGCAGGGUAAAGCUGCGCUGGACCUGUUCUUCCUAAUGAGAGACAGCAAGGUAAAACUGGAUCAUAUAACUUUUGUUGCAGUUUUGAAUGCAUGUAGCCACAUUGGUAUGGUAGAAGAAGGUUGCAGUAUUCUAAAAUCUAUGGAAUCUGAUUUUGGAAUUCCUCCCAGAAUGGAGCAUUAUGCUUGUGGGAUUGAUCUUUUUGGGCGGGCUGGGCGCCUAGAGGAGGCGAAAGCCUUGAUUGAGGCAAUGCCAUUUGAACCAGAUGCAAUGGUAUGGAAAACUCUGCUGGGUGCUUGUAGGAUUUGUGGUGAUAUUAAGUUGGCAACUCAAGUAGCAAGUCGUUUGCUAGAACAAGAGCCUGAAGAGCACUGUACUUAUGUUCUUCUCUCUAACAUGUAUGGGCUCCUCAAGAGGUGGGAUGAAAAAGCUAGUGUAAAAAGGUUGAUGAGGGAGAGGGGGGUUAUGAAGGUACCUGGUUGGAGUUGGAUAGAAGUUAAAAAUAAGGUCCAUGCUUUUAAUGCUGAGGAUCAUUCCCACCCUUGCUGUGAGGAGAUAUACCAAGUGUUGGAAGAAUUGAUGGAUGAAAUCAAGAAUUUUGAAAAUGCUACUUAUUUAGAACUUAUUUGUGAUUUGGAUUGUCUGGACUGAUGUUGUGAUUGAAGAUGCUCAUUAACUGACUUCAACUUUUAAUGGAUGUUGACUAAUGACUGUUAAUGCAAGAGAACUGUGUUUCAGGGUAUCUAAGUUUGUUAUUCUUUGGUAAAUUUUUGUUGAAAUUUAUGUAAUGGUAAAAUAUUCGCUCAAAGCAUAUACCUUGACAGGAAAUUAUUAUUUUGUUUGCAGUGUGGGAAAUCAAGUUUGUGUGUUGUACAAUUCUUUGAAAUUUGGUGUGUCAUGUGCAAUGCAUAAGCCUAAAAAUA